UGGAGAUAUGGCAAUGCGAAGAGAUUCUAGGCCAAUUGAACUCCAGAGACUAAUGCCCUUCUCUGGAAAGAAAGGGAAAAAAAGUCUCGGACAUCAGAUUCAAUUCACAGUGAUGAGGAUCCUUUAAUGGAUGAAGAAUUGGGGGAAUCCUCAUUUCGAUCCAAACAACGGAAAACCUCACGUAAAAGAAUACCAGAUAUUCCGUUAAAAUUUCUAAAAUCGAGAAACAAUCAACAGCCGAGAACAAUUCCUUUUAAUUGCAAUGAUAAGAUAAAGAAGAAGUUUACGCCAAAUAUCAUUGUCAAUCAGAAAUACAAUAUAUUCACAUUUAUACCAAUUGUGUUGUAUGAGCAGUUUGUUAUAUUUUUCAACCUGUACUUCUUACUCGUAGCCCUUUCUCAAUUUGUACCAGCAUUAAAGAUCGGUUACAUCCUUACCUAUUUCGGGCCUCUUUGCUUUGUACUUCUGGUUACUAUCAGUAAAGAAGCAAUGGAUGAUUACCAGCGUCAUAAACGAGAUAAAGAAGCCAAUUCACAGCAAUACCAAACUCUCACUUCUUCAGGGCUUAUAAAUAUUCCGAGCUCAAAAAUACGAGUAGGAGAUCUCAUUGUUGUUCACAAGGACCAGCGUAUUCCUGCCGAUAUGAUUCUUUUAAGAACAACCGAAGAAAGUGGAGCUAGUUUUAUCAGAACAGACCAAUUGGACGGAGAAACUGACUGGAAACUCAGACUGGCUGUGCCAUCUCUCCAGAGACUUUCAUGCAAUGAAGAACUUUUAAACUGUUCAGGCGAAAUUUAUGCCGAUUCACCACACAAAGAUAUUCACAACUUUGUCGGCACUUAUUCACACGUGGAUCCUGAAACUGGAAGUGAGCAACUAGAGCCUCUUGGUGUUGAAAACUCCUUAUGGACAAACACAGUUUUGGCGUCUGGGUCUAUUGUCGGAUUCGUGAUUUACACUGGCAAGGAUACACGUGCCGUUAUGAACACAAGUCACCCAAAAACAAAAAUUGGAUUGUUAGAUAAAGAAGUCAAUAGACUUGCAAAGAUUCUGUUUGUAGUUACUCUGGCAAUGUCAUUUAUUAUGGUCGGACUAAAUGGAUUUCAUGGACUCUGGUAUAUUUACGUUUUCCGGUUUUUAAUCUUAUUCUCUUCCAUUAUUCCAAUCAGUUUGCGUGUAAAUCUAGAUAUGGGAAAAACAGUUUACGCACGCCAAAUUGAAGGAGAUGAAGAAAUUGCAGGCACAAUUGUUCGCACAAGCACACUACCAGAAGAACUGGGACGAAUCGAAUAUCUUUUAUCCGAUAAAACAGGAACUCUCACCAAAAAUGAUAUGGAGUUAAAAAAGCUUCAUAUGGGCACAAUGUCUUACACAUUGGACACCAUGGAUGAUAUCGUGACACACUUGGGAGCAGCUUUUGAAAAACAUGACACUGGAAGACGAAAUAUUUCGUACCGUGUCAAAGAUAUUGUUCAAGCACUUGCCCUAUGCCAUAAUGUAACCCCUGUUUUGGAAGGAAAUAACGAAGUUACAUAUCAAGCCUCUAGCCCAGAUGAAGUAGCCAUCGUUAAAUGGACAGAAGAGAUGGGACUUGCUCUUGUUUCUCGCGAUGUGAACAAAAUGCAGCUCCAUGUUCGUGCAAACGAUAUGUUACUCGAUUUUGAUAUUUUGAAUAUAUUUCCCUUUUCAAGUGAAACAAAGCGUAUGGGUAUUGUUAUUCGGGACAAGCUCACUCACGAGAUUACAUUCUAUGAAAAGGGUGCAGAUUCUGUUAUGACUAGUAUUGUCCAAUACAAUGAUUGGCUAGAAGAGGAAUGCGGAAAUAUGGCUAGAGAAGGUCUGAGGACACUAGUAGUUGCAAAGAAGAAACUCUCAGAAGAAGCUUAUGAAGAAUUCCGAAAAAAAUAUCAUGAGGCAGAGGUCGCUCUUUUGGACAGAAACGGGCGUAAACAAGCUGUUGUUGAGAACUUGCUUGAAACUGACCUGGAGCUUCUUGGAUUGACUGGAGUGGAAGACAAGCUUCAGGAUGGUGUUAAGAACACACUUGAGCAGAUGCGUAAUGCUAAUUUAAAGAUAUGGAUGUUGACAGGAGAUAAAAUUGAAACUGCUACAUGUAUUGCUGUAUCUUCUAAACUCGUAUCCCGUAACCAGCAGAUAUACCAGGUCUCCAAACUGAAGUCGCCAGUGGAAGUUCUGGAAGAGCUGGAUCAUUUAAGAAACCAAACAGACUGCUGUCUUGUAAUUGACGGAGAGUCACUCCAACUUUGCCUUGAUAGUAGUAAGGAUGAAUUUAUUGAAGUAGCCACACGUUUACCAGUAGUCGUUUGUUGCCGAUGCUCCCCAACGCAAAAGGCUGAUAUCACAAGAUUAAUUAAAAAAUAUACUCGCAAGCGCGUCUUAUGUAUUGGUGAUGGUGGCAACGAUGUGAGCAUGAUUCAGGCUGCCGAUGUUGGAAUUGGUAUUGUUGGUAAAGAAGGAAAGCAAGCCUCCCUUGCUGCAGACUUUUCCAUCACUCAAUUUAGCCAUCUGACAAAAUUAUUGUUAUGGCAUGGUCGUAACAGCUAUAAGAGAUCUGCAAAGUUAUCACAAUUUGUCAUUCAUCGUGGUUUAAUUAUAUCCGUUAUGCAAGCCGUAUUCUCUGCUCUUUUUUAUUUUGCGCCCAUUGCUCUUUAUCAGGGCAUGCUUAUUGUUGGUUAUGCUACACUGUACACCAUGGCGCCUGUAUUCUCACUUGUUUUAGAUCAAGAUGUCAACGAAGAUAUUGCUCUUCUAUACCCUGAGCUUUACAAAGAGCUAACAAAGGGACGUUCACUAUCCAAUCGUACUUUUUUCACUUGGCUACUUAUUAGCGUUUACCAAGGUAAUAUUACCAUAUUAUCUCGCGGAUCAAUUAUGGUUUUAUCCAUCCUACUGUUUGAAGAUGAAUUUAUUCAUAUUGUUUCAAUUUCGUUCACUGCCUUAAUUCUUAACGAACUCCUGAUGGUUGCACUUGAAAUCAAUACCUGGCACCGUAUUAUGGUAAUAUCAGAGCUGGUGACAAUUAUGAUAUAUAUUGGUUCAAUGUGGCUAUUACCUACUUAUUUUGACAUGACCUUUAUCUUGACAUGGGGAUUUGUAUGGAAGGUUGCUGUUAUGACAGCAGUUAGUAGUUUUCCAUUGUACAUUGUUAAGUUUAUUAAGCGUAGAUAUGCUCCCCCGAGUUAUACAAAGCUGACAUAGACAGUAACUUUAUUUUAUAUAAAGCCAAAAUAAAACAUAAUAAAUUAAUGAUAUGAAUUU